AUGGCCUUCCUCGAAGACGACGACGCCGUCCGCGCGUUCGAAGCCGCGCUGUCGUUCGUCGAACAGUACUCUAUCGACACGUCGCUGUUCACGACGUCGGCUGCUACCAGUGGCGCCGCUCCGCCCGCACUCUCGUCGACGCUCGCGUCCGCUAUCGUCGACGACAUUGAGCUCUUGUCGCCCAGUGUGACGCCUCUGACUUCGCCUUUGCCGAGCCCCCGAGCCCCGCUGGACGUGCCGCGCAGCGAUACACUACCACUGUUGUCGAGCACAGGCUACGAGCUGUCGAACGACCCGUGUGCGCGGCGUCAGAACCUCAGUCCGUCAAGUCCAGGGCAAAAACUAAAGUCCGGAAUGGGUCGCGCACGACGCAACCCGCAGACGCCGUCGAGCGGACCCAAGAAGCCCGUGACAAGGGGCGACCCGAAUCGAGCGCGGAACGAGCGGAAGAUUGAGCUCGCGUUCCUCCGGGAGAAGGUGGCGCAGCUGGAGCUGGAGCUGAAAGCCUUGCGGCUCCACCCGCGAGCGCAGCAGACGAGAGCUCUUCGCUACAAUGGCGAGAAACGACGGGUUCCCAAACAGGAAGCAGUUCCUGCGUCGACCGUAUCAGUGUACGACCCGGCAGUGCAGAUACCAACAGUGUGGAAGGACGUGGCCUGUCGUCAGCGCCGGCGGAGGGAGAAGGCCGAGCGCGAGAACGUUCGGCUCAAGCUGAUUCUGGAGCAUCAGAUAAAAAUGGCCAAAGGUCUUGAGAGUUUACUGCAAAAGCGAGCAAAGCAGCAGGUGACCGAGUGCUUGAACUUAUCGCAAACGAAAAAGUCCAAAUAUUCACAAGGCCGCACGUUUGAUUUCCGUGCGGACGUGAGUGAUUUUGAGGACUUGCUGAAGCAUUUGGAUAGAGCGUACAAAGAAGUAGACGAUGUGUUUGCUACUAAUGGCAUGGCGAACAUGGAGACCACGUAUCGCGACGCUCGAAUGCGCGAAGGAAGUGGUGGCAUGUACCUUGACAUUUAUGCGAGCAAAGUGAUGCCUUUUGGCAUGCGCGCAACGGCACAAGCUGUGUGGAAUCAUUUCAAGGGAGCUGAGAAACAUCGUGGUAACAUGUAUGAAGGAAAAGUGGCAAAGCACUUGGCAACACCAGACACACCGGAAACGAUUAUUGAGGACUUUGCAAAGGAGUUUUUUGCAGACAGCGCACGCGCAGAUUUCCACGCAAAGCAGGUUCUGCGACGAUACGUCGAAGAAGACCGCGAGAUCGUGAUCUGGGUAGCGAGCGUCGUGCCGCUCGAGUUUGACGACAAGUGCGUCAAGGGUCUCGGGUUCCGGCACCAAGGGUACGCCCUCACCAAAAAGGCGAAGGUGUCCACGCCGAACCGUGAGUUUUCACUCUUACAGCUGUGCUCAUUGGUAUCGCCAGAAAAGGAAGAUCAUACUGUCUACGAUUCCGCGGCUGUACGUGCGCUGACAGACUUUAUGUUGGGAACGGUGGCGGGCAACAUCACAGCCAGCCAGGAGCUUAUUGAGAACGUCCUCAUGGACCAAUCUGUAUAG